AUGGAUUUUGAUGAGCGGAUUUCUGGCUCCAAUAUGUAUUUACCGAGCUGCACUUACUACGUCUCCGGAGCCGACUUCACGGGUCUCCCUCAUUACUUAACCCAGAGCCAGUCCUCCUGCCCCGUGACAUACUCCUACCAGUCCUCAGCCCUGCCACAGGUCCCCUCCGUGAGAGAUGUGGCUUUCAGAGACUACGGCAUCGAUACUUCAAGUAAAUGGCACCACAGCAGGGGGAGCCUGUCACACUGCUAUGCUGAGGACAUCGUGCACAGAGACAGCUGGGCGAGCCCGGCCUCACGGGGGGGAGAGAUCUCGGUGAAAGGCAGCUCCGGCGCGAGCCUGCCCACCUCCUCCUCCUCCAACCCGGCCCCGGGCUUCGGGGGCAGCGUCGGCAGGAACGGCGUGCUGCCGCAGGCGUUCGACCAGUUCUUCGACACCGCCUACGGGGGCGCGGAGGGGAGCGGCGCCCCCCCGGCGCACGCGGCCGCGGACACGGACACGGACAGACGAGCCCGGGCCAGCCCCGCGCCCGCGCAGCCCGGCUCGGACACGGCCGAGAGCUGCAGUCCCAAGUCGUCCUCCGGCCAGAGCGAGGAGAAACAGAGCAGGGGCAGCUGUGAGUAA